CAUAUAUAUCUUCAAUGAUAGAAGCUUCAAUGAACAACAGUACUAAAGCCAGAGCCAGAGCCACCCUCGUUCUUUCUUCUUGUUCUCUUUGUUCUUGCUCUUGUUCAAGUUUUCGAUGGAGUCGAGCCAAAGGGAACCUCCUCAGGGGCUAACCUCCCAGGAACUUUCCGAGCUUGAGCCCCUCAUUGGCACCUACCACAAAUUCGACCCCUCCCCCAACACAUGCACGUCCCUAAUCACGCAACGAAUCGAAGCUCCGACCGGACUCGUCUGGCCCUUAGUUAGGAGCUUCGACAACCCCCAAAAGUACAAGCACUUCAUCAAAAGUUGCAAUAUGAGCGGCGACGGUGGCGUCGGCAGUAUAAGGGAGGUCACCGUGGUCUCGGGCCUCCCGGCGUCCACGAGCACCGAGAGGCUCGAGAUACUGGAUGAUGACAAGCACGUGCUGAGCUUUCGGGUCGUCGGAGGCGAGCACAGGCUCAACAACUACAAGUCAGUCACUUCGGUGAACGAGUUCGAGAAAGACGGCAAGGUUUACUCGGUGGUUUUGGAGUCGUAUGUGGUUGAUAUCCCGGAAGGAAAUACCGGAGAGGAUACGAAGAUGUUUGUGGACACUGUGAUCAAGUUGAACCUGCAAAAGCUUGCUGUGGUGGCCAUGGCAAAUCUGCAUGGCGGUGGACAUGAAUAGUUUGAUGCCAUGGUGGUCAACUAUAGUGGUUAGCGUUGUUCUUUGCAAGUUGGCAUGGAUAUCGAUCUCUUAUUUUUGAUGAAAUGGAUAUCGAUCUCUGUUCUGCUCUCUUCUUCCAUCUUUUUUUUAAUUCACUUGGUACAGUUGGAUUGAUUAAUGCACAUUUUAAUUAGUUUGUUGGGGUCAUUGGGUACCCCAGAUUAUUUAUUCAAGUUAUCUGUUAUUGAGCAUUAUUUUUAUA